UGUGGGGAGGGACGCAGUUUCUCGCUUCUCAUCCCCAGCCAUGGCUGCUCUGCCCAGCGCAGCAGCCCCCCGGCUGCUCCUCAUCCCUGGCAAACCGGCCGAGUCCCCUGCGGCCGGCCGGCAUCUUUCUGUUGUCCUGCCAGCAGGAGCCACAGCUACCGCUCCGGGUCUAGAGGACCCGCCGCCGGCCCGCAAGCGUCAGCGGCUGACCCACUUGAGCCCGGAGGAGAAGGCGUUGCGCAGGAAGCUAAAGAACCGCGUGGCGGCGCAGAGCGCACGGGACAGGAAGAAGGCGCGGAUGGCGGAGCUGGAGCAGCAGGUCGGGGAGCUGGAGCAGGAGAACCAGAAGCUAUUACUGGAAAACCGACUUCUGCGCGAGAAGACGUGUAGCCUGACGCUGGAGAACCAGGAACUGCGCUGCCGCCUGGGUUUGGAUGCUCUAAAGGCAGAGGAGGGAGAGUCCGAGAUUGGUGACCGGGUCCGCUGAGUCCGCAGCACUCAGACUACGUGUUCCUCUGCAGCAGGUGCAGGCCCAGCAGUCACCAUUUCUGAUAAUUUCCACAUGGAUUCUGAUGGCAGUGACUCUUCAGACUCAGAGUCUGAUCUCCUAUUGGGCUUUCUGGACAGUCUGGACCCAGAGAUGUUUCUUAAAUACGCUGAUUCAGAGUCAAUGUGCCUGGAAAAGCUGGAGGAACAGACCUGUGGAGAAACAAGUUCCAUACCGGCCUCCCCCUCUCCCUCUUUGGGGUCCCCAUCAGCUAAGCUGGAGGCCAUUAAUGAACUCAUAAGGUUUGAUCAUGUAUACACCAAGCCCCUGAUACUGGAGAUCCCUGUUAAAAUGGGCAAUCAAACCAAUAUGCUAGUGAAAAUUGAGGAAGUAUCUCUCUCUCCAUCUGAAGACCAAGUUAUCCCCAAAGUGCCAGUAUCUGUGAAGGAGGAACCAGUAGACAGCUUCAUGCCUGAACUGGGUACCUCUCACCUGCUUUCCUCUCAUCAUAGUCUUGCAGCCUCAAGCUCUCUGUUGGAUGCCUGUAGUGACUCUGGAUAUGAAGGAUCCCUGUCGCCCUUCAGUGACAUGUCCUCUCCACUUGACACUGACCAUGCUUGGGAGGAUAGCUUUGCUAAUGAACUCUUUCCCCAGCUGAUCAGUGUCUAACCCAGUAGUGUUAACUCCCGUUGGAUAAACAGGAUAACAGGAUAAGCCCCUUUGGGGUGGGGGUGGAAAUCCAGUGCAUUCAGGGAAGUGUUGCUAACUUCUACCUGUGCUAGUAAAUGAAGUGAUGGCCAGUGCAUUUCUGCUGGUAUCAAAAAGCCCAGGGUGCCCUGUCCUACCCCCCCAUCAUUGUUGGCUUACGAGGGAGGAAAAGGUGGUUUCUCAAAACUUGCCAGUUCUGUAUGAACCUGAAAAAGCUUGUUUUCAAUUUAAAGUAAUUUUAACCCCCAAAACUGCAAUCAGAUACUCCAAGUAUAGACAGUGGUGUUGAAACUAGUCUGUGUAUCUUACAGAUUUACUAUGUAAAUAUUUGUUUUACAUUUGCUAUGUAGAGUUGCUUUCUCCAUUUAAUAUUUAACUGUUGGUGCAAUUAAAGUGCAGUGCAGCUCA